UUCUUCGCCGUAUUCUUGGUGACGGAGAAAAACAAAGUGUCUUUUCGUUGUUUGUUAAAGUGAACUUAGAGACUGUGGACCAUGUGCUGCUCGAGCUGACGCUUCGAGGGUGAGUAGUGUCGAGUUUAACUUUAGCUUCUUUAGGCUGUGAGCUGUUUUGUUAUUGUUAUCAAGUUGUUGACGGUUAUCAGUGUUGAAGACUUCAGUGCAAGUGAUUAUGAAAGAGUUAAAUAUAUUUGUAAACACAGUCGUAACACAUUUCAUAUCGUUUAUGAACACCCUUCGAAAGCAGUUGGUGAUUUUUUAAAUUUAUUAUUCGAAAUAUAUCGACAGUGUUACCGUGCCGUUAAAAACACGUUAUGUGUUUUUGGAACAUUAUGCUGCCUUUAUGUCCAAUACAGCUGUGUGCAAGUGCAUAAGUGCGCAAGCGCAGUACGGAGGCUACGUCACUUACGUGGAGUUAUGAUUGGAGAGUACACGUGCAGAGGGUCCAGUGCACGUUCUCGUCAGGCUGCUUGCUGGCAGUUGUGUAAUUAACCAUGAAUGAAUGAGGCUCAGACUGUUUCUGUGAGGCUCAGCUGCCAGGAGGAACCAGCACGUGUCUGCAGGUGUCUAAAAAAUCUCUGAGACAUGACAAAGAAGACUGAGCCCAAAGAAGAGGGCCAGAGCGAUGAGGCCGAGGGUCCAGAUGGAGGCUGGGGAUGGGUGCUGGUGGGCGCCCUCUUCGUCAGCACCAGCCUUGUGUUCGGCCUGAUGCGCAGCCUGGGAGUCUUCUUUGUGGAGUUUGUGCAAUACUUCGAGGAGAGCGCUCAGGCCAUCUCCUGGAUCUCCUCCACAGGGCUGGCAGCUCAGCAGUUUUUCAGCCCUCUGGGUGCAGCACUGUGUAAUGCGUAUGAUUCUCGGGUGGUGGUGAUGACAGGGGGCUGUCUCGCCGGGCUCGGUCUCAUACUGGCCUCUCAGGCCACCCGUCUGGUUCAUCUGUACCUCACUAUGGGUGUUAUCUCUGGUCUGGGCUGGGGGCUUGUCUUCACUCCUAUGGUGGCUACAGUCAUGGCGAACUUUACCCGCAGACGCACCUUGGCUUUAGGUCUAGCCUUCUCAAGCAUUGGGCUAUCCUCCUUUGCUUUCAACCCACUGUUUCAGUUUCUGGUGGAGAUGUAUGCAUGGCGGGGGGCUCUGCUGAUUCUUGGAGGGCUCAGUCUUAAUAUUGUGCCAUGCGGGGCUCUCAUAAGACCAAAAAAACGCUCAAAAGCACAGGAAAAGAUUAUCUCAGAGUCCAAGCAGUCACAAGCUUCUUUGCUACAACGAGUCUCCACCCACCUUGAGCUAUCACUGCUCUUCGAGAGGCCUUACAUCACCUACACACUAGCCGUAACGCUUCUAAAUGUCGGCUACUUUGUGCCUUAUUUUCACCUCGUCGCCCAUAGCCGACUAACCGGCUUCUCUGAGUACCAGUCUGCUUUCGUCAUGUCGGCUGCUGGUGCCACUGACAUUCUUGGCCGUGUUGUUUCUGGCUGGUUCUCAGACCUAGGUCACUUCAGACUCAUACAUUUACUGAGCACGUGGACGACGCUCGCAGGAGUUUUUAUCAUGCUGCUCCCCGUAAGCUCUCUGUCUGGAUCCUACUCGGCUCUGAUGGUUAUCAGUCUCCUCUACGGCUUCUGCUCUGGAGCACUGACCUCCCUGGUGUUCGCCGUUGUGCCCAUGAUUGUGGGUGUGGACCGGGUGAUGGGGGCCCUUGGAUUGCUGCAGCUCAUAGAGAGUGGGGCAGGACUGCUCGGGGCUCCUCUGUCAGGAUUUCUCAAGGAUGUCACAGGUAACUACAUCGCCUCCUUCAUGGUGGCGGGCAGUUUUCUCAUUCUUGGUACGCUGACCAUGGCCACCCUGCCUCACUACUUCUCCUGCAAAGAUCCACCUUCUCCUCAAAGACAAUCACAGGAUGUUAAAGAUAAGAGAUUACAUUCAGAGAUGGAGCAGAUGAACAGUUUGCCCUCUGACAUGAGUCACUGAGGAGUUAAACAAUCUGACAGGAGAAUAAAUGAGGCUCAUAACCCAUGAGACAGAGGGCUGAAGGAUCAAGAGCCUAAAUACUGGAGAAAUCAUCUGUUGUGCUGUUUGCAUCCAUACCUCACUGACCCAGAGCGCAGAAGGAAGCCUGCUGUGUAAACACGAUCUGCAUAAAGGAGCCACACCCAGUUACAGAAACCUCGGAUUACGUAUGCACUGUCUGCCUAAAUGUAACAUUUUUAACACUGUCAAGGAAAAGUGAACACAUGGUUGCUUAGACGUACAGUAGGACGGCAAGCAGGAUAGGAAACUUUGAAGUAAAAUAUGUUUUUGUUAUUAUUAUUAAUAGAGACUUGGGACUUUAAGGAGUUUGCCACAAAGUGAGAUAAGAGAGUAAACUUGAUCUGUUGAGUCUUAAGUCACAGCUUUCUGUGUUACGAAGCUGGCUCUCUUUUGCCCUAGCUAGAUCAACCUUCAUAAAGAAAUGGAAGGAAUAUGGCGCAUGUGUAAAUCUGCCUUGAUCAAGCUAUCCUCACAAACUGAGCGACCGUGCAAGAAGGAGACAAGUGACAGAGGCAACCAAGACACCUAUGACUACUCUGAGGGCGUUACAAACUUCAAUGUCAAUUGUCAAUUGAAGGUUUUGACUUUUAUACAGUGCAGUUUAUAAAGAAUAAUAGGUUUAGCAAUGUUUUCAUGAUUAUCAGUCUUUUCUCACUUUAAAUAAUGACAUAAUAUUUCAAACUCCUGUGAAGAACUUUCUGUUUGUGCCCUGCAAAGCUGAUAUCUUGUACAUGUGAGUCUUCUAAACAUGUCACUCAACAUUAAUUUCAGUUUUGGAAAUAAAUAUAAAAGCCUGUUCAGCAGUGUUACUAAUCUCCUUGCCUGACAGCCACCCCGACAGCAACAGAAUCAGGCAUAAGCUCAUGAAGAGGUGACAGUGUUCAUUGAAAUAUGUUUUAUAACAGGAAGAAAUAAGAAGUGUUGCCUGGUGGUAAUAUGCUUCCAUUAGACAUACAAUUACUAAACGUUGAAAGAGGGUCAAGAGGAAGGGCUGAGGUGGUUUCUGAGGUGGUGUGAUUCUAAGGACUCUUACUAGAAAGGGAUAAACAUGAGACUCAAUGACCUUUGCCUUUAAAAUCUAAUCAUUGAGUCUAAGUGAACAGUCUGAAGAAAGUCUUCUUAACGUAUCGCAUUCACAAAAAAGUCCUGGACAAACAGAUGUACAAAAACAUGACAACUAUUGCCCUCAUUUGUAUGGAGGCAUAACAUAGUCCUCAGAGGAGCUUUAAGCAAAGAAAAUGUCCUUUAAAGAAAAAAAUCAAAUACCUCUCACUCAGGACUUCCCAUCUGUGCAGGCAUACACGACUGUUAUUUUUAAAGUAGGUUUUUUUAAUCAAACAUUACUUUUACAAGCUUUGUACUUUUACAAACCAUAAACCCUGACGGUGUGUAUAAAUUAGAGAUGUUUAGCGGAGAGAACAUCAGAGGGAACACCUGGGUCACUGUGACCUGCUGUACCUGCCAGGUUGUGUUUAUUCUGGCAGGUCAUUGCAGUGGAUAAUUCAAGUGACCUGUUGUAAUUUUAUUAGCUUAAACACAGUGAACAAGGAGAUCCCAUAAAACAGAAAGGACGAAACAAAUUAUCCAGCUGACUGUGAAUCAAACUUGUAUCACUUCUCAAUCAUUUCUGUCACAUGAACCUGUAGUUUGUUUAAAUGUGGAAUUUUACACUGAAACUUGAUUAAAAAUUAUUUUGUUUAAACAAAUCCCUUUUGUAUUAC